AGUUACACCUUGCUGCGUCCCACCCAUAAAACCUGUGUGCAUUUGCCAUAAAAGUGCACAGGUGGGUCUGUGAGACGUGGACAGAGGACAGCUACGGACCCAAAUGGAGAGCAAGACUCCGUCCAAAGGUCCUGUCGGAGCAGGUGCCUGUGGUCUGCAGCCCCUUCCUGAGGUAGCCGAGCCCGAAGACCUGAGCAAUGUGGAGGGCAGCAAGUGCCAACCCGGACACCCUGCAGGGGCAAGAGAUGCAAAGGAGGUGCACUCAUUGGACAGCUCUCCGUCUUCCUCGGAGAGCGAGGACGAGGGUCUCUGCAAGAAAGACAAGAAGAAGAAAAAGCUGAAAAAGAAAACAAAGAAGAAGAAGAAGAAGGAUUCCAGCUCAUCCUCUUCCUCCUCCUCCUCCUCCUCCUCCUCCUCCAGUAGCUCUUCAGAGAGUGACAGCGAGGAUGACAAGAAGAAGAAGAAGAAAAAGCAGAAGAAGGACGAAGGGCAGAAAGAGUGUGUCCGGGACGAUGUUAUCAUAUGUAGUCCUGGUGGCCAGAUGGAGCAGCCGGGUGCAGAAGGUGCAGAAGGUGUGAAGAUGAGCCAGGAUUGUAACUCCUCAGAUGGUGAAGAUGACAAGAAGAAGAAGAAGAAGAAGAAGAAGAAGAAGAAGAAGCAGGACAAGAAGAAGAAGAAAAAGAAGAAGGAUUCGUCUUCUUCCUCAUCUGACUGUUCCUGCUCCGACUGCGAGGACGAAAAGAAGAAGAAGAAGAAGAAGAAGAAGAAGAAGAGGAAGAAGAAGGACUCAAGCUCCUCUUCCUCAGACAGCUCUUCAUCAUCCUCUGACAGCGAGGAUGACAAGAAGAAAAAGGACAAGAAGAAGAAGAAGAAGAAAAAGAAAGACAAGAAAAAGGAUUCCAGCUGCUCGUCUUCAUCUUCAUCUUCUGACAGUGAUAAAGAUGAGAAGAAAAAGAAGAACAAGAAGAAGAAGAAGAAGAAGAAGAAGAAGAAUGACAAGGAAAAGAAGAACAAGAAACACGAUGAAGAGCAGAAUGAGCUCUGCGGUGGAGCUGCUCCUCCAGCUUCUGGUGAGUGUUUUUCUGCAGGUGGUGAGACUCCGGGACCAAGUGCUGAUGGAGAGAAAAAGAAAGACGAUUCUGCCGACAAGGUCAAGAAAGAGCCUAAAGAAAAAGAAAAAUGUGGAGCAAAGGCCUUCGCUGACGCUAUUGAGGAAGGCCACCUGAGUGACGACGAGGGAGAAGGAGAGAACCACAAGAAGAAGAAGAAGAAGAUGCUGAAGAAGAAGAAGGAGAAGGGUUCCGGCUCAUCAUCAGACAGUGAUGACGACGAAGAAGACAAGAAGAAGAAAAAGAAGAAGAAGGAGAAGGACUCCUCCAGCUCCUCCUCUUCGUCUGAUAGUUGCUCCUCAGAUAGUGAUGAGGACAAGAAGAAGAAGAAGAAGAAGAAGAAGAAGGAUUCUGGAUCCUGCUCGUCUUCUUCAUCCUCUGAUAGCGAAGAGGACAAGAAGAAGAAGAAGAAGAAGAAGAAGAAGAAGAAGAAGAAAAAGAAGAAGAAGAUGAAGGAUAAGGACUCCUCGUCUUCUUCAUGCUCUGAUAGUGAAGAGGACAAGAAGAAGAAGAAGACGAAGAAGAAGAAGGAUAAGGACUCCUCGUCUUCUUCAUGCUCUGAUAGUGAAGAGGACAAGAAGAAGAAGAAGAAGAAGAAGAAGAAGAAGAAGAAGACGAAGAAGAAGAAGGAUAAGGACUCGUCCUCUCCUUCAUGCUCUGAUACUGAAGAGGACAAGAAGAAGAAGAAGAAGAAGAAGAAGAAGUCCUCUUGCGCUGAGAGUGAUGACGACAAGAAGAAGAAGAAGAAGAAGAAAGAUAAGAAGAAGAAGAAGAAAAAGAAGGAUUGUUCCUCUGGAUCGUCCAGUGAUUCGAGUGAUAAUGACAAGAAGAAGAAGAAGAAGAAGAAGAAGAAGAAAAGGAAAGAUAAGAAGAAAAAGAAAGACAAGAAGAAGGACUCCGAUUCUUCUACCAGUGCUGAUGACAAAAAGAAGAAGAAAGACAAGAAGAAGAAAAAGAAGGACAAAAAGAAGGACUCAAAGUCCAGUUCAUCGUGUCCAUCUGACGGCAGUGACAAGGAGAAUAAAAAGGACAAGAAGAAGAAGAGGUCUGGUUCAUCAGGAAGUGAAACUGACAAUAAGAAAAAGAGGGAAUGCUCUGAUGGCGAGCGAGGCGGCGAAGAUCCCGGUGCCGGUCGGGCCGGACUUUCAGCUCCCGGUGGCAGCUGCUCUACGCCUGCCGCUGCUCCCGCCGUCCCCUACGUGUCCCUCCCCUCCAAACCUGUUGUGAAGAUGGAUCCUCUGCGUCCUUCAACUGUCUGCCGGCCCUCUGCCCCUGUCUCCUCUGCCCCCGCCUCUUCUGCCCCUGUCUCCUCUGCCCCCGCCUCUUCUGCCCCUGUCUCCUCUGCGCCCGCCUCUUCUGCCCCUGUCUCCUCUGCGCCCGCCUCUUCUGCCCCCGCCUCUUCUGCCCCUGUCUCCUCUGCGCCCGCCUCUUCUGCCCCUGUCUCCUCUGCGCCCGCCUCUUCUGCCCCUGUCUGCUCUGCCCCCGCCUCUUCUGUCCCUGGGUCCUAUGUCCCUGGGUCCUUUGUCGCUGGCUCCUAUGUCCCUGGGUCCUAUGUCCCCGGCUCCUCGAGUGUUGGAGAUAAGGCCCCCAAUCGUAGGCCUCCCAGCCCCAUGGAGGCCCUGAUGGGGAGCCCGAGGCGGUACGGCUCCUCCCAUCUCAGCUCAAGCGACCUAUUGAAAGGCCCCAAGCCUUAUCAAUGAUGAGAUCAAAACACGCGUUACUCGUGUUUCCUUUUAAAGCAACUGGAGGAUGUCGACCAUGAGAGGAGAUAUGAUUCCUUGAUUUCAUGCUGGAUAAAUGUGAUGACUGGUGGAAAAACGUAUUGUGACACGAUGAAAAUGUCCAAGAUGAGAAGUAUAAUCCAAACAUGGAAAGUCACGAUUGUGUUUUUAAUCAAUAAAGCGCACAUGUGUAAUAAUA